AGAUGAAUCUACGUUCUGUAUUUACUGUAGAACAACAAAGGAUUUUACAGCGUUAUUAUGAAAAUGGAAUGACAAAUCAAAGUAAAAAUUGCUUUCAGCUCAUAUUACAGUGUGCGCAGGAGACUAAACUGGACUUCAGUGUAGUCAGGACGUGGGUUGGCAAUAAGAGAAGAAAAAUGAGUAGUAAGAAUUCUGACUCAGGAGCAACAACAGGAACUGUUACCGGUACCUCUUUGACAACUCCAGACAUUACAGUCAGAAAUGUUGUUAAUAUUACUCGACCUUCAAGCCAACAGACCUCUUGGACAUCUGCCAAUAAUGAUGUCAUUGUAACUGGUAUAUAUAGUCCAGCCAAUUCAUCCAGUAGACAGGGGACAACCAAACAUACAAAUACACAAAUUACUGAAGCACAUAAAUUCCCUAUUCAGAAAACAACCAGUAAAAAUGAUACUGAGUUUCAGUUGCACAUUCCUGUUCAAAGACAAGUAGCACACUGUAAAAAUGCCUCUCUGCUUUUAGGUGAAAAAACAAUUAUUUUGUCCAGACAGACAAGUGUGUUAAAUGCUGGAAACUCAGUAUACAAUCACACAAAGAAAAACUAUGGAAACUCUUCAAUGCAAGCUUCUGAAAUUGCAGUACCUCAAAAGCCAUCUGUGUGUCACCGACCUUGCAAAAUUGAACCAGUUGGAAUUCAAAGGUCAUAUAAGCCUGAACACACAGGUAUAGCAUCACAUAACUUAUGUGGGCAAAAGCCACCUAUUAGAGACCCUUACUGUAGAACACAGAACUUGGAAAUUCGUGAAGUAUUUUCAUUGGCAGUUAGUGAUUACCCCCAAAGAAUUCUGGGAAGAAAUGCUUCACAGAAGUCUAGUUCAACAGAAGGAACUUGUUUGUCCAUUGCAAUGGAGACUGGUGAUGCUGAUGAUGAGUAUGCCAGAGAGGAAGAGUUGGCAUUGAUGGGAGCACAGAUACCAAGCUACUCAAGAUUUUAUGAAAGUGGCAGUUCCCUACAAGCUGAGAACCAAAGUACAGCUUUGCCUGGACCAAGAAGAAAUAUGCCAAAUUCACAAAUGGUGAAUAUUAGAGACUUGUCAGAUAAUGUAUUGUAUCAAAACAGAGACUACCAUUUGACACCACGGACCUCAUUACAUACAGCAUCUACUACAAUGUACAGUAAUGCAAAUUCAUCACGGAGUAAUUUUUCUCCACAUUUUUCAUCUUCAAGCCAAUUGAGAUUAUCACAAAACCAAAACAAUUACCAGAUUUCAGGAAACCUCACUGUGCCUUGGAUUACAGGGUGUUCUAGAAAAAGAGCAUUACAAGACCGCACUCAGUUCAGUGACCAAGACUUAACCACCCUUAAAAAGUACUGGGACAAUGGCAUGACCAGCCUUGGCUCUGUUUGCAGAGAGAAAAUUGAAGCAGUUGCGACUGAAUUAAAUGUUGACUGUGAAAUAGUUCGGACUUGGAUUGGGAAUCGAAGAAGGAAAUAUCGAUUAAUGGGGAUUGAAGUUCCACCUCCAAGAGGAGGCCCUGCUGAUUUUUCUGAGCAGCCCGAUCCUGGUUCUUUGUCUGCACUCACACCAGUAGAAGAAACUGGCCCUGAAGGAGGAGAGGAUAAUGAAAGAAAUGAUGACAUAUCCAUCUGUUUGUCUGAAGGAAGCUCUCAAGAAGAGUCUACUGAAAUUGUUCCAAAUGAGGCAAGGGCUCAUAAGGAGGAGGACCACCAUGCAGUAUCCACAGAUAAUGUGAAAAUAGAAAUUCUUGAUGAUGAAGAAAGUGACAUGAUAAGUAAUUCUGAAGUAGAACAGGUGAAUUCUCUCUUGGAUUAUAAGAAUGAAGAAGUAAGAUUCAUUGAAAAUGAGCUAGAAAUUCAGAAACAAAAAUACUUUAAGCUUCAGACAUUUGUUAGAAGCUUGAUACUAGCAAUGAAAGCUGAUGAUAAAGAACAACAGCAGGCACUGCUGUCAGAUUUACCUCCUGAACUAGAAGAGAUGGAUUUCAGUCAUGCCUCACUGGAGCCUGAUGAUACCUCAUUCAGUGUGUCUUCUUUAUCAGAGAAAAAUGCCUCAGACAGUUUGUGAUUUAAAGGGGAACAUAUGAUAAAGCCUUUUGGCUGCUUACCAGGUGGCAUUUCAAGAUAACUGCAUAAUGUUGCCAUGAAAUUUUUCAGUUUGAAAACAUAUGGCUGAAACCAAUGUAUUUUGUGAAAGAUGGACAAGAUAUAAUGGCUACAGUGCAAAAAAUGUAUGUGAUAUUUAAAGGCAUUAUUUGAGAGGUUUUUUUUUUUACAAACUGAUGGAACGCUGGAAAAUAUUAAAUUUAAUUUUGAGGAGUUUACCUAUGAAAUUCAUAAUGUAUAAUUUCUAAAAAUUUUUAUUUGUUUUAUGGAAAAAUCUUAGUUUUAGUAAUAGUUUGGCCAGAGGCACAAAAAUAAAGGUAUUUCAGCAUUGUGUAUCAAGUUACUGAAGCUUGUUUAGUCUUGUUUUUGUAGCCAUUACAUCUUUCUUAUUCUCUCCUUUUCUUAUCAUGCACAUAAUACUUUUACUCAGGAAUGUGGACUGAAAAGUGAAAGCAAAACUUUAAAGAAGAUUUAACCUGGAUAUGUCCUGGGAUUUAUUUUUCAAUCCCUAUGAGAAUUUGACUUAAUUUAAUGAUUAAAAAUUGAAGUGAUUAUUAGUGUAUAAUUGUAAAUUGUUGGUAUCCUUCCAUUAUCUAGCCCACAAUUUGAAUUAUGGAAAAGUAAUUCAACAACAUGAGGUCAAAUAAAUUAUUAAAUGUACAGAAAAAAAAUGUUGUAAAAGAUUAGUUUUAAUGGGAAUUUUUCAUUUCUGCAAAUGAAAAAUAUUGAUAAGAUUCACAUUCUACUAGUAAAUUUGUGUAACUGAGUUCAAUGAAGUGUUGCACAAAUAUUAUGUCUAUCAUCAUCUCCAUAAUACUUUUUCAGUUCUUACAUUUUAUGUAACAGAACUCUAAGGUAAGCCACUGAGAUUGUUUUUUAUCUAGUCACUCAGCUUUGUCACAAAAAUUAACUCAUGUUCAUGUGAGGCUUGUAUAGAGCCAUCAGCCAAGGAUAAUAUUCAAAUACUUACACUACUUUGGUUGUAAUCUACACUUUUUUUUGUUUUCUGGAAACUCUCUGCUGAGUACAAUCCUAAAAUGAGCAUAUUACCCACUUGUUCUAUUACUAGGUAGCAAAUGGCAAUAUGUGGUAGAAAAUUUUUUACAGACCUUCUCUUCUGGGAUACCAGAUGGCAUUAUCAACACUUAUUCAAGGGAAAAUACCAGUUUCUCCUGAACUCAGUGUCAUAUAUUUGUGACUUGGCAGUGUGGAAUUGUGUUGUUUAGUUAAAUUACUAUCUAUACUUAAAAGAUUAAUGAAGGGGAUAGAUAACUUUUUUGGCCAUGGAGUUUCUGGGUCAGAUAUUUUUGUAACUUGAAGUAAAACCAAUUUUGAACUUGAGAUUCACUGAUACCAACUUUUGAGCGCAGACAGUCAUAACUGUCUUUGACCUUGAAAUGUCCCCUCCCGAAACACACAAAUAGGUAAGGCUCAUUGAUAGUCCUUCAUUUUUCCAGCUGUUUGUUUGAUUUAAUAUUGCUGCAAUGCUACUGUUAUGGUUCUUCUGUUAGCAGAAAUAUUUCAGUGGUUAGAUAUACUGCCUUUAAACUGAGAGUUAUGAUUCUUUGUAGUAUUUAGUACAACUUGCUGAAAAGUCAAAUUCCAUCCAGAGAAAGGAACAUUGAGUUGCCAAACCUUGUACAUUAUGAUUAAAUUUAUUACUAUUACCAAUUCCUCUAUGAGAAAGAGUCCCUACCAUAUACAGUAAUAUAGAAACCAUUCCUUAAGAUAAUGUGAACAAAUUAAAGUCUCUUCUAGGACCUCCUUUCUUAAUCAUUGAGUUUAUAUUUUAACUCUAAUUUCUUCCACUUCAAUUUAAGCCCCUUCUUAUUUUUUCUUGUUACAAAGUAGGAAUACAUCUUUCAAUUUUAUGGAUUGUAUGCCAUACCUCAGCAAUUCAUCCCUCAAUAAAAAAUUAUUCAUAGGCUCCUACUGUAGGAAUAUUAGAUUUCAACUCCUCAGCAAUUCAUAAACUUCAAAACAAAUUAAUUCUUUUAACU